AUGGAAUGGACGACCGUCUCCCGCGGCAGGCGCGGCCGCCCGAAGCAGGCUGGCAGCGCGGCGCUGGCGGCGGAGGUCCUCCGGAGCCUCUUCACCGCCAGCGGCGGGCGCGGCGGCGGGCAGCCGCUGGGCGCGCGGGAGCCCCGCCGGCCCGAGUGGUGCUGCACUGGCUGCUCCGCUACAAACUUCGAGGAGCGCCGGAGCUGCCGGCGCUGCGGCGCGGCGCGCCGCGGGGCAGCGGCCACUUGCCCCCCUCCGCCCCCUGCAGACUCUGGGGCGGACGCGAAGGCCGGGCUGGCGCAGCAGCCCACGACGAACGGGGCCGGGACCCUCGCGGAUCGGCCCGGCUGGGGGAAAUGCCGCCCACCCGCUCCGGAGGAGGCGGCCGCGGCGGCCGAGGCGAAGGCGGCUGCCAUGGGCGCUUCCGCCGAACAGCUCCUCGCAGCGGGGCUCGGCACGGAGGCGCAGAAACUCCAGCGACAGGCUGCGGAGCAGCGGAAGCGGGCGGGCGCCGCUCCGCCCCCAGGCCGGCGCCUGGACCUCCUGGAGGGCUUCGUGGCGCGCGCCGGAGCCCGGGCGGAGAAGGCGGCGAAGGGCGCGGAGGCCGCGGAGCUCGCCCUCGCCCGCGCCCGGAGCACCGAGGAGGCACUGCAGAAAGAGCUGGCGGAGGGCAUGGCCAAGCUCCAGCAACUGCGGGCCGAAACCGCCGCGGGAGAGGCCCCCGGGGAGGCGCCCGCCCUGGCGCUGGCGGCGCGGGAGCUCCUGCAGGCACUGGAGACCAGGGCCUUCGCGACAACGGGAGCCCCGGAACCCGUCCUGGCGGCGAUGUGUGCCCAGAGGUGCAAUCGCGCUUAA